AUGGAAUAUAACGUUAUACGACUCGAUGCAGCGGCGUCAUCCGAGCACCUCCAGGCGCUGGAGGAGGUCAAGGAUUUUCGCACCACUGAUUUAGGUCGCGGAGGAAAAGACCGAUGGACAUACCGGCUCCUUCCAGAGAGUGCACUUGACGCUGAAUUACGGCGAAGGUCAAAUGCGCACUCGUCAAGGUUUGUCGAUAGCAUCACCUUCCAACCUUGCGCCGCCCACUCGUCCCCGAAUCAAGACCGCUACAGUAUAGAAGAAUGGGACAUGCACGGUGGAAUAUGGCGCUUCAGUGCCAUAUAUGACGGUCAUUGCGGACUGGAUACUGUCAAUUUCGUUCACGGGAAGUUACCAAACAUGAUCAGGACGUCGCUUGGAGCACUACUCAACAAGUCUCAGAGCUCUGCGCUUGCUCCAGAGCUGGUCUCGGAAACUAUUUCUCAUGCAAUCCAACAUCUAGAUAACUCCAUUCGUGCAGACCUCUUCGAUCUUCUCCCUUGUGAUCAGCUGGAGAGUAUGAGUGACUUCGAAUUCCACUGCCUUAUCAAGCAACAGAGUUGCCGUUGGACGACGAUAUCUGCACAGUGCACGCAAGGCUCUACUAUUAUCCUUGCACUGUCAGAUCCUCAAAAAAGGAACCUCUGGGUAGCCAAUUUGGGUGAUUCACAGGCAGUCAUAGUUCAGAAAGAAGCAGACUGGACAGGAGCCAUCCUCAACUCCCUACACAAUUGUGAUAAUCCCGCCGAAUUCCAGCGUAUUUUGCGCGAACACCCAGGGGAGAGGGAAUGCAUUUGGGACAACAGAGUAAUUGGUUAUCUGGCUCCUACCCGAGCCGUCGGGGAUACCUGGCUGAAAGUGCCUUCCAUCUAUACCCAUCGGGCGUUUGGGAAACACAACCCAAACUGCAUCUCACUUCCCUUGCUUGCUGAAUAUGCGACUCGUAUUCUGAGUCCCCCAUAUGUUUCCAAUGUCCCUGACAUGUAUCAUCUUACGCUGGAUGGCAGCCGGGAUACUUUUCUCAUCCUAUGCUCUGAUGGGCUCCUAGAUUUGUAUGGGAGUUCGAGAGAACAUUCAUCAGCGCAAGUAUUAGCCAAUAAGUGGGCCAAGAUAGUUGGUCUGUCAGCAAGGCACGGUGACGCAGGAAACACGAACUUAGCCUUCCGUCUUUUGCGCGAUGCGAUCGGGGGUAGUGACGCCGCUUUAGCCUCUCAGAAUUUGACAUUAGAAAUGGAUGAGAAGUGGCUAGAUGACGUCACGAUCUUGGUACAACGUCUCAUUGGAUAG